AUGGAGGACUGCUGGACCACCACCAUCAGCCCAGACCCCAGUUCCUUGUUCCGAGUGGUCCUGCGGCUCUCCACUGAGGUCCACAAAGCCCCAAGGAAGCAAAUGUCCAACAGCAGCUCCAUCAAUGAAUUCCUCCUCCUGGCAUUCUCUGACACCUGGCAGCUGCAGCUCUUGCAUUUCUUGCUGUUCCUGGGCAUCUACCUGGCUGCCCUCCUGGGCAACGGCCUCAUCAUCACAGCUGUAGCCUGCGACCACCACCUCCACACCCCCAUGUACUUCUUCCUCCUCAACCUCUCCAUCCUUGACCUGGGCACCAUCUCCACCAUUGUCCCCAAAUCCAUGGCCAAUUCCCUGUGGAAUACCAGGGCCAUUUCCUACUCAACAUGUGCUGCCCAGGUCUUUUUCUUCUUCUUUUUAAUUGCAGCAGAGUAUUGCCUCCUCACAGUCAUGGCCUAUGACCGCUACAUUGCCAUCUGCAGACCCCUGCACUACGGGACCCUCAUGGGCACCAGAGCUUGUAUCCAAAUGGCAGCAGCUGCCUGGGCCAGUGGUUUUCUCCAUGCUCUCCUGCACACUGGGAACACAUUUUCAAUACCACUCUGCCAAGGCAACACAGUGGAGCAGUUCUUCUGUGAAGUGCCCCAGAUCCUCAAGCUCUCCUGCUCAGACUCCUACCUCAGA